CGACGCCAUCUUUCAGUUUUUUCAGUAGAUAGGAACAGGAAAGGAAAGAACAGUUUUGUUUGUUCCAUUUGUACCUACGUCAUUAGAAUACAUUUUCGAUUUUAUUUCCAUUUUAUUGUUUUGCUAAAUUCAAUUUGGUGUUAAAUUGUUUCAAGCUGGUUUCUAUUUUCAAAACUAAAUAUGAGCUCCGCUACAUCUACUCCUCUGUUUGCUUGCUCGCGUUGUUUCUCCAGACACCCUUUCGAAGAAUUGUCUCCUGGUGAACAACUCUGUAAGGAAUGUCGUGGUUCCUUCCCCAUUGUCAAGUGCACGUAUUGCCGUUCAGAGUUUCAACAAACAAGCAAAUCUAACACUUCUUCAAUUUGCAAGAAAUGUGAAGCUAAUGUGAAAGCUUACGGAAAACCAACUGCCUGUGAAUAUUGUAACAUCAUUGCUGCUUUCAUUGGAAACAAAUGUCAGCGUUGUGUAAACUCUGAGAGAAAAUAUGGGCCAGCUGUCACUUGUGAGCAAUGUAAGCAGCGCUGCGCUUUUGACCGUCAUGAUGACAGUAAAAAGGUAGAUGGAAAGUUACUAUGUUGGCUAUGCACUCAAUCACUAAAGAGGGCUCUUGCAAGAACCAAACAGCAUAUAUCUGCAGUUGACAAACAUAAACACCGCUCUCAUAAAUCUAAAACCAGUCACAAGGAUAAACGAAAAUCAGAUAUGAUGAAAUCAAUGAACUCGAGUGAUGCAUCGCUCAAUGAUUCUCAACCGUUGGAGAAAAAAUCAAAGCUUAAUCCCUUACAAGGUGAAUUAGAUCCAAAUAGCUCUGACCAUGUGGUGGCAAUGACACAACUAAAGGAAACCAUUGCUAGCCUACAGAAGAAAGUAGCACAAAAAGACAAUGAAUUGCUCGCCAAAGACAAACUGAUAACAGAAUUGAAGGCUCAACACCACAACAAUACUACGGACCUAAGGACCGAAAUGAAGAACAAGGAUCGUUUGAACGAGACCAAAUUCAACCUUAUGAAUACCAAGAUACAGAAUCUAUUGAAGGAAGUGGCGACACUGAGCAAAUCAGCCAAAAAGAACAAUAAGAACACAAAGACCAUACUGGCAAAUACAGAGAACAGUGGAAGCGGCACAGAUAGCCCAAGUACCAACUAGAACAAAUUCUCAUUAUAGUUCAAAUUAUAAUUUCUUAAUGAUAACGACACAGACAAG